GAUGUCUACGAUUAGAAAAAAAUGUUUAUAUUUUGUUAGUUUUAUUGUUUGAAUACUUUAGUGUUGACAUGUAUUUCAUAUGUUGGUUGUGUGCUGAUAAUUUAGCGCCGAUAUGUUUAAUAUGUUUGUGUUGUAAUGAUAUUUAGAUUCAAAUGCAUAAUUACACACAUAAUGUAAUGAUAAAGUGUGUAAAUGAUAAAGUGUGUAACUAUGAUAAAGUGUGUAACUAUGCAUUUGGUUUUAAAGUGUGUAAUCUUUGGUUUAUUUUCGUACACAAAUAACUUUAUUUGGAUGUGUGGUAAUGAUAUAAUGUGUGUAACCGUAUAAAUUGCACUGUUACACAAUUCUUUAGCGAUAAUGUGUGUAACUGUGUAAAUUGAACUGUUACACACUUGUUUUUGGCGAUAAUGUGUGUAACCGUAUAAAUUGCAUUGUCACACACUUCUUUGGCGGUACUGUGUGUAACCGUACAAUAUACACAGUUACACACAUUAUAGCUAGAAAAGUGUGUAACCGUGCAAUUUAUACGAUAACACACAUUAUCGCCAAAGAAGUGUGUAACAGUGCAAUUUAUACAGUUACACACAUUAUCGUGCUGCAAAAAAAAGUUUAAAAUUUUGUGAAUAUGCGCUGAAAUUGCCAUAUUAAAAGUCAUGAAAAUUUGGUUGAUGAAUUUUUUUUUAUUAUAUUUUCAGCAUGGUCAGUGGACGUAUGAACGACGUGAGAUGAUUGACGUGAAAUUUAAUGUCAAUGUAUAUUGUCAUGAAACAAUUCUGGAUGAUAUUAGACAUACACUUCUUUCCUUUGGAGAUGGAGUAUUCAAUAAAUUUGCUAGGUCAUGCUUUGGUCAUUUUCUUGGAUUGCCUAAACCAUUAGGAAAAUGCAUGCAAGUACUUCAUUAUGUAAUUUCACGUCAAAUGAAAUUUCGUAAUGAAGAUCCUAGUGAAUUGUGGUUUUGUAUAAAUGGAACUCCCAUUCGGUUUAGUCGAUUUGAAUUUGCGUUGGUGACUGGAUUGAGAUUUGGCGGUACAUCUUUUACUCCAUAUCGACGACAUGCUAUGCCUAUCGACUCAUUCUACACCCGUGUCCUCAAUAAUAAAAGGAUAUUGGUUAGUGACUUGCGUGAUAGAUUUAUAGCAAAAGACCUUGGAUUAUUGACAGAGGAUUAUGUAAAGGUUGCUAAAAUCUUGUUCGUCUAUAAUGUGUUAUUUGGUGUUGAGAAAUCAAAGCCGAAACAUAUAUCAGAGUGGUUAUGGGUUUUGAUUGAGGAUGAAACAACAUGGGAGUCAUUUCCGUGGGGAAGUUAUGCUUUCCAAAAACUUUUGCACUUCUUGAAGAGCAUCAAGAAAACCACUUCAUCGGGCACAGCAAAGCGAGAGUCAUACACUUUAUUUGGUUUUAGCACAGCCUUUAUGGCUUGGAUAUAUUGUGCUAUCCCAGAAUUUGGAUCUACCAUAGGUGUUGUAUCUUCAACAACAAAGAUCCCUCGUAUGCUGCGCUUUCGUUAUACUCGGGGAAAUAUAGAUGUGGCUGAUGUGAAAGAUGAGGUAUACCCCAAGUUGGAGCCUAAUGAUGAAGAAAGAAAAAAGUCAAUUUGGGGUACAAUUGAGAAAGAAGGGAUGCCACUUCUUCUACACUAUGACCACUCCUUAGAUAGAACCAAAAGAGGUCGUGUACAAGACUCCAUUGUGACUCAUCCACCAUCCGGUACAAAUGCCACGACUCAGCAAAGAAAUCAAAGGUCUUAUCUGCCACCAACACACACAGUGGCUGUCCCCCAAAGGCCCCCGAUGGUUGACUCGUCAAGUCAGCACCACACUAGGAGCACCCAUGGUCCAGAGGACCCUGUUUAUAGCUUCACUUUUUCGCAGAGACAAGCACUUGUUCAAGAGAUAGACGAAUAUGUUGUUAGUCAAUUGAUGACUACUGAUUUUGUUCAUCGGAUUGGUGAGUAUGCUGCCGAUCGAGUUAUGAGUCGGAUUGGUGACAUGCUACCUCGAUAUACAGAGCCUAUGUCAGAGGAAAGAUGUACAUCGCAUGUUCUGGGUGGACAUGAUAUAAAUGAUGACAGACAUGUGGCCAGUGAUCCUGGUUCCGUGGAGCCACUACAGAACAUCAUAGAAAAAGGUGAUGCUAUAAAUAAUGAGAGACAAAUGGAGGAUGAUCAUUUGGAGCGCGGUCCUACUUCCGUGGAGCCACUAGAGAACAUUAUAGGAAAGAGUGAUGAUGCAAAUGAUAGGAGACAUAUCUCGGAUGAUCAUUUGGAGCAUGGACCUACUUCCAUGGAUGAAUUUGGUGGAUUUCAUUUGGUAUCUCAAUGGACACAACCAACCGAGACUUCCCAGUUAGAUGAUACUCCGGUUGAUGCAGAUGUUGUCAAACAGGAUGGAAAUCACACAAUUCCUCCGAAACUUAUAUUUAUUACUACAUGGUGUUAUGGUGAUGAUGGUGUAUGUGCAGGUGAGAGUCUAGAGACGAAGUUCUUGACCCCGUAUCUGGAGCUCUUCACUCCGGAUUUCUCAAACGGCGUCAACUUCGCCUUGGGCGGCGCCGACUCUCGCCUGGGAAGAAACGACGUCACUCCAGUUGCGUACACGCUGGGGAACGAAAUUGCCGAAUUCAGUCGGUUUCGAAACGUCUCCAUUCGCCGCGGCUCUCUUGAUGCAGGGCAGGUGAAAUCUGCUCUCUUCAUGUUGGAUAUCGCCCAAAACGAUAUCCAAUUCGACGGCGAUUCCAAACCUCUCCAAAAAGUUCUGGGCAUAGUCCCCACAAUCGUCUCCAACAUUAGGGAGGCUAUGCAGAACAUAUACCAGCUGGGUGGGAGAAAUUUCUGGGUGCACAACACGGGGCCGUUGGGCUGUUUGCCUUCUAACGUAGCCCUCAUAAAUGCAUCCACGGUGGUGGACGAGUACGGCUGCGUUUCCGACAGGAACAAAGCAGCUGCCGCCUUCAACUCCCAGCUUGAGCGUCUCUGUCGGGAGCUGCGGUUGGAGAUGGGCGACGCCACCAUCGUCUACGUUGACAUCUACUCCAUCAAGUUGGACUUGAUCGUCAACGCGACAUCCUAUGGGUUUGAGAAUCCUUUCGUGGAGUGCAAGCCGCGGGGACAGAGUGUGUGCGCGGAGGGGUCGCGGUAUGUGAGCUGGGAUGGAACUCAUUACACGGAGGCUGCUAAUAUGUUGGUUGCCUCUAAAAUACUUUCCACCACUUUCUCUACUCCACCUCUUCCAUUUCAAUUUUUUUGCAAUUAAUUAUCUACUCGUGUCUUGUCGUCUCCACUAUAUUUGUAAUAAUCUUCCUCCUUUGCUUAUUGUAGUUUUUAUGGAUCUUUAUUUUUUCUUUUUCCUAGUGUAUGUGUUGAAUGAGAUGAGAUUUAGUAUCCAACAAUUUUUUGAAUGUGAGAUUAUUAUAUAA